UGACGUGGCUGCCGCGCGACGAAGAAGAAGAUGAUGAGUAGGAGGAGGGGGAGGAGGAAUGGAACGAUGAUGACGGUGGACGAGGAGGAGGAGGAGGAGGAGGAGGAGGAGGAGGGGGAGGAGGAGGGGGAGGAGGAGGGGGAGGAGGAGGAGGAAGUGGUAACCAGCCGAAUUAUGAUGGCAGCGAUGGCGGUGAUAAUGAGGGUUUAUGGGAGGAGGAGUAGAAGGAUGAUGGCAAUGAGGAUAAGGAAAAUAAGGGCUUAUGAAUAUGGUGGUGAUGAUGAUGAUGAUGAGGAGGAGGAGAAGGAGGAGGAGGAAGAGGAGCAGGAGGAGGGGGAGGAGGAUGAGGAGGAGGAGGUGAAGGAGGAGGUGAAGGAGGAGGCGGAGGAAGACAAGGGACAUUUGAAGGAUGGUUAAUGGAAGAGGAGGAAGAUGAUGCUGAAGAGGACGAGGAGGAGGCGGAAGACAAGGAACAAUGGAAGGAUGAUGAGAAUGAAGGCGGAGGAGGAGGAAGAGGAGGAGGAGGAGCAGGAGGAGGAGGAAGAAAGGAGGAGGAGGAGGAGGUGGAAGCUGUAUAACAAGAAGUUGGAAAUUCGAUGUGGCCAUCUCAGGGAUAACAGAUCUCUGGGCUUCUGAAGAUUUCUCCGAACGAGGAGGAGGGGGAGGAGGAGGAGGAGGAGGAGGGGAAAACAAAAAAGGCAAAAAAUA